UUGGCUGAUCCAUUAGUCACAUGACCGGCAGGUCCACUCGCUGAGUCUUGUGACUGACUGCUCGGUGGGUGAGAGAUGGCGGUCCCGGUGAUCCUGUGUGUCAUGUUCCUGCUGGCAGCUGCUCGAGGCAUGGCAAUUAAGGGCAGAGUGCCACAGCAAGAUUGGGGUUACGUUAAUGUGAGAAGUGAUGCACACAUGUUCUGGUGGUUAUAUUAUGCAAACCACGCUACAAAAAACUAUACUGACGUUCCGUUGGUUAUGUGGCUUCAGGGUGGACCGGGAGCUUCUGGGUGUGGAUAUGGAAACUUUGAAGAGAUCGGCCCUUAUGACACGUACUUGCAUGAAAGGAACACGACCUGGGUAAAGGAAGCUAGUGUUCUCUUUGUGGAUAACCCAGUGGGAACUGGAUUCAGCUACACUACUAAUGACGAUGCCUUUGCAAAGGAUGUGUCCACUGUUGCUGCUGAUAUGAUUGUUCUUCUAAAAGACUUCUUUAACUCCAAGACGGAGUUCCAGAAAAUACCAUUCUAUAUAUUUUCCGAGUCCUAUGGAGGGAAGAUGGCAGCUGUGAUUUCUUUAGCACUUACCAAGGAAAUAAAGUCCGGAAGAAUUAAAUGUAACUUUGGAGGAGUUGCUCUCGGUGAUUCCUGGAUAUCUCCUGUUGAUUCUGUUUUAAGCUGGGGCCCUUAUCUUUACAGUGCUUCUCUGCUUGAUGAUCAAGGUCUAAGCAAGGUUGAGGCGUGUGCGAAGGAAGUGCAGAACGCUGUCAAGAAUAAUCAGUUUGACCGCGCCACAGAAUUGUGGAGUAAAACAGAGGACGUAGUUGAACAGUAUACAGAUAAUGUGAAUUUUUACAACAUUUUAAUCAAAGAAUCUACAAUGGACUACAGAAAACAUUUUAUGGAAAACUCAAAAUUUGGCAACAAUUUUCUCGGGAAGCUUUUUCAACGUCACCUGCUACCUCGGCAAAACGACUACCUGUCUGAACUGAUGAAUGGACCAAUAAGGAAAGUGCUGAAAAUCAUUCCUGAUGAUGUCAUGUGGGGAGGUCAAGCCCAAGAUGUAUUUGCCAUGAUGGCUGGUGACUUCAUGAAGCCUGUCAUUGACAUUGUUGAUGAACUCUUGAGUGAGAACAUUAAUGUUACUGUGUAUAAUGGACAGCUGGACCUGAUUGUGGACACAGUGGGGCAGGAGAACUGGGUAAAACAAUUAAAGUGGCAGAAAAUGGUUGAGUUCAGAAACCGUGUGUGGAGCCCACUUCACAUGUGUCAUCAGUGCACCGAGACUGUGGCUUUUCAUAAAUCGUACGAAAACUUCAGCUUUUUCUGGAUUCUGAAGGCCGGGCACAUGAUUCCUUCGGAUCAGGGUAAAGUGGCCUUGAAAAUGCUCAGGAUGAUCAUCAACAAGAAAUAGCAGGAGUGAAUCUUGUCCAUUAAUGGUUGGCUGCCUGGGAGUGAUAGUGCUGGGCGAGCAGUGGAGCAGAGCUCUCUGUUUUCAUAGAUCAUUCAAUUUUCAAUGAUUCUUGCUUUUGUGCCUUAUUAUGAAUUACACUGAUAAGGAAGCCACUAAAAUGAUCAAUCGUUACUCAGUAUUGCACUUAAAUUUUAUUGUUGAGCUUAAACUGAAUGUGUUUCUAUUGCUGGUCAAUGUUUCAUAACAUGUCACUAUUCACAAGCAAUCAUCGGGUAUUUGCAGAGUGAGCCAAUGCUUCCAUCGGAUAUAUUGUUAAAAACCGGUUAUGGAGAAUUUCAAAUGAGGAAACUUUUUUUGUACUAAUAAAGGUAAAUA